UUUUUGCAUAAGCCUAUCCAAACAGGCUCUAUGUUAGAUUAGGCCCUUUGGUUUUUGGUCUAUUCGUCUGAUCAUUGUGGUAGUUAUCUCCUGCUGGUUCUGUUGUGUAGAAAAGGAGUGCGCUAUUUUGGACUAUUUGGUCCCUCCAUCACUUGAGUUGUUGCUUUGGAAGCCAAGGUCGUGUGAGCAGCUUGCAGCAUGUGGAAAAUCAAUUGAAUCUUUUUUACUAGGAAAACACAAUUACAGAUGGCAGCACAGGUGGCUUUCACUUCAAGUUUUAAGCUGCUUGACAAUGGACAGCUCUCGAAACAACAACUCUUCAUGCCUAAAAGCUCACUUAUGUUGAUGCACAGGGGAUUUUGCUUUGAGAGUUGUAAAAUAUCUCGCUUUCCAUCAUCGAGCAUUUGGAAGGUCAUUGCUCCGUACUUAAUAAAGCUGGAGAGAAGAUCAAACAUGCAAAGGUGCAAGAGACGCUUUUGCCUCGCUUCUCUGGUUGAUGCUGAUGCUGCAGUAAUUUCUGAAUGGGUUCCAACCAUUGACCAAAUGCUCCUCAUGACCAGUAUAUUCCUUACAUAUAUAGCUGGAGUAAUACCUUCUGAAAAAAGUUCUCCUUUAGAUGCUGGAGGCAAUGCCCAAAGUGGAAAUGUGGACACUGACGGGACAUCCUUUUUGGGUAGUGUGAGGACAAGCAAUGAUCACAUCGGCAUAGAAUCUGCAUGGGAUGUAGUAAAUGGAAAACUGAUGAAUUCUUUGUCUUCCAUAAAACGAGUAGAUCUUGGUGCUAUGAGCGUUGAAUCUGAACAGAACCUUGGAAAACAACCUUCAAAUUUGGCCGUGCUUGCUCAAGGUCCAAGAUUAAGGCUGCUGUGGACAUCUUUUCAGUUACUCAAGCAAGAGGUUGAUAGUAUUUCUACAAAUGCUGUUACCUUCGGCAAUGAUAACUCUUUGGCCAUAUUUAAUGGUGUCAUUCAGAAGUUGUGCCAGCAUUUAUGUGUUACUUGGCUGGAAGAGGAACUCUUUCUGAGAAAUGGCAAAACUAACACGGAAUGUCUUUCUUCAGCAGUUAAUAACUUAGAUGAAUAUGGAGUUUUAACGAACAUCAGAAAGUCAGGGAAGGAGCAUCUAUUUGCUGAAUUGAUCUGUGUUCUUAGCUUUGGUUCUCUCCGGAAAGCUGGCUUUUAUAAUGAUAGCUUGUUUAUGGAGCACGGAGUCCUUAUUCUGGAGGAUUUGGUGAUAACGUUGGCAGAUGGGAUUGCAAGCAUGUAUUUGGAGCUUAUAUCUGUUGAUAGUAGUGUGUCAAAUGAAAUGAACAGCCUUGGGUUGAGUUUAUGUACAUUGUCAACCCGAGCACUUCAGAAAUUACGCAAUGAGGCUGCUUUGAAUCAAUGGUUGCAUCAGAACAUGGAAACAGUUGUUUCCAUGUACGAAGAUCGGUUUGACUUGUACACAUUUCAACUCCAGCUUAUCGAGGAAUCUAGCAAGAGGAAAGUUCAAAAUGUUAAUUGGUGGAAGAAGCUUAGGAUGAUGAGUUCUCAGCCUGUUUUAUCUCAAUUGAAUACUGUUGUGAUCAACCAAAUCUCCAUACCUGUUAAACGGACCAAGGAACUUAGGGCCUUGACUGGGUGGCAUUAUCAAGCCCAAAAUGUGAUGUACUUACUGUCAUUAUCUUUCUUUACCCUUUCAGGAGAUAUUACUACAGUCUUCUCCUUGAAUUGGCUGAUAUUGCAAUGCCGUUGAUAAGAACUGUUAUUUCUAAGCUGAGCGAUGCCAUCUCAUUUUUUCUGGUUAGCUUGAUAGGGCGGUCUUUGGGGCUUAUCUAUACGGGGAUAAGGCAAUCCCUGCGGUGGAAGUAAGAACUAGCAGUAGCCAAUUCCCUUUUUGUAUCCACUACAAAAUUUCUUCAUUGUUUAUAGAUGUACUGAGAGAAUAUCAGCUUCUAUUCUUUUAGGCCCACUUGAGUAUUCUCUGGUUAGAUUUUUACUUAACAACUUAAGUCUGUUUCCUAGUACUAGUUAAGAUUCAAACUGUUGAAAGAAUGUCCUGAAAGUUGCUGUUCCUUUUUUCGUUGGCAAGUA